AUGAACAACCACGGAUUUUAUGGCUACCUUGGAGUUGCAACUACUUUGGUGGUUUUGUUGGGUCUAUUUCAAGGCACUUCAGGGCUAACACAAGCUGAGGCACUUCUCAAGUGGAAACAAAGUCUCCCUAACCAACCAAUUUUGAAUUCAUGGGUGUCUCCAACACAGAACAACUCAAGUGCAACUCAAACCCCAUGUUCAUGGAGAGGUAUUACUUGUGAUUCUCAAGGCAGUGUGAUUAUAAUAAACUUGGCAUACACUGGACUUGAAGGUACCCUUCAAAACUUGAACUUUUCUGUUUUCCCAAACCUUCUCCGUCUUGAUCUCAAAGUAAACAAUCUCACUGGCACUAUACCAGAAAACAUUGGUGUGCUCUCAAAACUCCAAUUUCUUGAUCUUUCCACUAAUUAUCUCAAUGGUACUUUACCUCUUUCUAUUUCCAAUCUGACUCAAGUUUCUGAGCUUGAUUGUUCAAGAAAUGAUAUAACAGGAAUAUUAGACCCUAGCUUAUUUCCUGAUGGAACUGAUAAGCCAAAAACUGGUCUCAUUAGUAUCAGGAAUCUCCUAUUCCAAGACACCCUCUUAGGUGGUAGAAUUCCAAAUGAAAUAGGGAACAUAAGAAACUUGACAGUGCUAGCUAUUGAUGGGAACAACUUUUAUGGGCCUAUUCCUCCAUCUCUUGGAAACUGUACACAAUUAAGCAUUCUUAGAAUGCCUCAAAACCAACUCACAGGCACAAUACCCCCAGGUAUUGGUAUGUUAACCAAUCUAACUGAUCUUCGCUUAUUCACCAACAACUUGACUGGUACGGUGCCACAAGAAUUUGGAAACCUGUCUUCCUUGAUUACGCUGCAUCUUGCUGAGAACAACUUUAGUGGUGAAUUGCCACCACAAGUGUGCAAAAGUGGCACUCUUGUCAAUUUCAGUGCAGCCUUCAAUAGUUUCACUGGUCCAAUUCCAAUAAGCCUUAGAAACUGCCCAGCCUUAUAUAGAGUUCGACUUGAAUACAACCAGCUCACAGGUUAUGCAGAUCAGGAUUUUGGAGUAUAUCCUAACCUCACUUACAUGGACUUCAGCUAUAACAGGGUCCAAGGUGAGCUCUCAGCAAAUUGGGGUGCCUGCAAUAACUUGCAAUUACUCAGAAUGGCUGGGAAUGCAGUGAGUGGAAACAUUCCAGGGGAGAUUUUUCAGUUGGACCAACUACAAGAGCUUGACCUUUCCUCCAACCAAAUAUCAGGAGACAUUCCUCCACAGAUAGGAAAUUCCUCCAUCCUUUAUGAUUUGAAUUUGAGUGGCAACAAACUUUCUGGUGAGGUGCCAUCAGAAAUUGGAAACCUUUCUAAUUUGAGGAAUUUAGACUUGUCAAUGAACAUGUUAUUGGGGCCAAUACCAAAUCAAAUAGGGGACUGCUCAAACUUGCAGAGUUUAAAUUUGAGCAACAAUGGCUUGAAUGGCACAAUUCCCUUCCAAAUUGGAAAUCUUGCAGCCUUACAAGAUUUUUUGGACUUGAGUUACAAUUCACUCUCAGGAGGAAUUCCUGCUAAUCUUGGUAAGCUUUCAAAUUUGAUAAGCUUGAAUAUCUCUCACAACAAUCUUUCAGGUACCAUACCUGAUUCCCUUAGUGAAAUGUUGAGCUUGUCAGCCAUCAACCUCUCCUACAAUCAAUUGGAGGGCCCUGUUCCUAAAGGUGGCAUUUUCAACUCUUCUCAACCUCUGGAUUUGAGCAACAACAGAGAUUUAUGCGGGAAUAUCCAAGGUUUGCAACCUUGUAAUGCCUCUCUUACUGAACCUGAUGGAAAAAGUAACAAAAACAAGGUUGUGAUCCCCCUUGUUGCUUCUUUGGGAGGUGCCCUUUUUCUUUCAUUGGUGUUAGUUGGGAUUCUUUUCUUUUUCAACAAGAGAAAGUCAAUAGCUUCAAGACAAAAACCUUCAUUCAAGAGACCAAACCCAUUUUCAGUUUGGUACUUCAAUGGUAGAGUGGUGUAUGGAGACAUAAUGGAAGCAACCGAGAACUUUGAUGACCAGUAUUGCAUUGGGGAGGGAGCACUGGGAAAAGUUUACAAAGCAGUGAUGCGAGGGGGUCAAAUAUUUGCUGUAAAAAAGUUGAAAUGUGAUGAAGACAGCUUAGACAUUGAGAGCAUAAAAGCCUUUGAGAGUGAGAUAGAAGCCAUGUCAGAAACACGCCACAGAAACAUUGUGAAGCUUUACGGAUUUUGCUCUGAAGGGUUGCACACAUUUUUAAUUUAUGAGUAUAUGGAUAGAGGGAACUUAUCUUAUAUGCUAGGAAAUGAAAAGGAAGCAUUAGAACUAGAUUGGCCUCACAGGGUUGAUAUUAUCAAAGGUGUAGCAAGCGCUUUGUCCUAUAUGCAUCAUGAUUGUGCACCACCUUUAAUUCAUAGAGACAUAUCAAGCAAGAAUGUUUUGUUGUCCUCCAAUCUUGAAGCUCAUGUCUCAGAUUUUGGCACUGCAAGGUUUCUGAAGCAUGAUUCGCCUAUUUGGACAUCAUUUGCUGGCACAUAUGGCUAUGCUGCUCCAGAGCUUGCUUACACAAUGGCAGUGACUGAAAAAUGUGAUGUGUUCAGUUUUGGUGUUUUGGCAUUUGAGGUUCUUACGGGAAAGCACCCUGGUGAUCUUGUUUCCUAUAUACAAACUUCUAAUGAUGAGAAGAUAAACUUCAAAGAGAUUUUAGACCCGCGCCUCUCACCUCCUGCAAAGAACAAUAUUUUGAAGCAAUUGUCAUUGAUUGCGAAUCUAGCACUUUCAUGUUUGCAAACAAAUCCUCAAUCUAGACCAACCAUGCGAAGCAUAGCUCAGAUGCUUGAAAUGGAGAUUUCAAAUAACUCAUAUGGUUGA